GCCUAUGCGUCCACACUCUGCGGAAUGCUGCUGUAGUCUGUGGAGAUCAGGUACGACUGCACAUCCACCCUGGGCGGUGCUGAAAUAGGAAGGCUUUGUGGAUGCUAGGAAAUAAUUGAAACCUGUUAAUAAAUACCAAAGGCACGGUAAUAUAAAAGAAAAUGAAGUCGUAUCUGCUAUUGGCGGUAUUCGGAACGCUGGUCGUUCUGGCAUCCGGCGAAGAAAAGAGUGGAAAUGUCGAUAAAAGGUUUACUGAAAAAGAGGACAUUUCUUUCGAGUAUCACCGUUACGAGGAGCUGAGGAAAUCGCUGGUGUCGGUCUGGUUGCAGUGCCAGUCCAUUAGCAGGAUCUACACCAUCGGCCAAAGCUUUGAAGGGAGGGAGCUGCUGGUGUUAGAAUUAUCUGACAACCCAGGCAUUCAUGAGCCUGGUGAACCCGAGUUUAAAUACAUUGGGAACAUGCAUGGCAACGAGGCUGUGAGCCGGGAGCUGAUCAUCUUUCUUGCACGGUACCUUUGCAAUGAGUACCAGAAAGGCAAUGAAACCAUCGUCGAUCUGAUCCAUAACACACGCAUUCAUCUCAUGCCCUCAAUGAACCCAGAUGGCUUUGAAAAGGCAGCCUCCCAGCCUGGUGAUCUCAAGGACUGGCUUGUGGGCCGCAGCAAUGCUCAAGGCAUAGACCUCAACAGGAACUUCCCAGACCUGGACAGAAUAGCGUACAUCAAUGAAAAGGAAGGAGGGCCAAAUAAUCACCUUUUGAAGAACAUGAAGAAAGCUGUGGAUCAGAAUAACAAGCUGGCCCCAGAGACCAAGGCUGUGAUUCACUGGAUCAUGGACAUCCCGUUCAUCCUUUCAGCUAAUUUACACGGAGGAGACGUAGUGGCCAACUACCCGUAUGAUGAGACACGUAGUGGCUCUGUUCAUGAGUACAGCGCCAGCCCAGAUGAUGCCACAUUCAAGAGUUUAGCCCGUGCCUACUCCAGCUACAACCCCCUCAUGUCAGACCCGAACAGACCACCCUGCCGCAAGAACGAUGAUGACAGCAGCUUUGUCGACGGCAUUACCAAUGGAGCUGCUUGGUACAGCGUCCCAGGAGGCAUGCAGGACUUCAAUUACCUGAGCAGCAACUGCUUCGAGAUCACAGUAGAAUUGAGCUGUGAUAAAUUUCCACCUGAGGACACCCUCAAGAUGUACUGGGAUCAGAAUAAGAAUUCUCUGGUUAACUACAUUCAGCAGGCUCACCGUGGUGUGAAAGGGUUUGUGCGUGACCUGCAGGGGAACCCCAUCUCUAAUGCCUCAAUAUCUGUAGAAGGGAUAAGCCAUGACAUCACCUCUGCGAAGGAUGGUGAUUACUGGCGUCUUCUUGCCCCUGGUAACUACAAAGUAUCUGCCUCCGCCCCAGGCUACCUCACUGUGAUUAAAAAGGUGGCUGUUCCUUAUAGCCCAGCAACAAAGGUGGAUUUUGAGCUGGAAUCUUUGAUUGAGAGGAAGGAAGAGGAGAAAGAAGAAUUGAUGGAUUGGUGGAAGAUGAUGUCAGAAACACUGAACUUUUGAACGGAUAUCAUUCUCUUGACAUGUUGGUGUAAAAGUGUUUAGCAAGUGUUUUAGUCACAUUAAAAUUAAAUUUGUUUCUGUUUUUUAAACGUAUAAUGAUACUGCAAUGAGAUAUAAUGGACUGCUUGGUUUUCCAGUGGCAAAAUUUAAUUCCUUUGCCAUAGCACAGACCCUUACCCUAAAGUAUACUGUACCUUGGUAAAUGAACGAUAGCCUUCUUGUCCUUUUACCAUGAUUUUUCAUAUCUAUGCUUUACUACACUGAAUACUAGGAAAAGUAUAGUAAUAGUGAAGGAAUAUUUAAUCCAUAGAAAAGCACAGAAAAUGGUAAAACCACAGGAAACAAAUUAAUAAAAUUGCUGAAUUCCAAAAGUACAAUUACCAAGGUAAAUACUCAUUAGGGAUAUUUCAGGGAAUAAUGCGAACAGUCCAUACUGAAGAAAGGAUUUAUUAUUAUUUAUUAUUCCUGUGAUGUGGUGUUCUUUAUCAUAUAUGUUAAGUACUUUGGUAAUCAUGAACCCAAACUAAACUCUGUGACCAAAUAGUUGUACACUAUGUCGUUAGAAAUGUGAGUUCAUUAUUUAAAUUCAGAGACUGCUAACUAUGGUCCAAACUAUAAACCUGUAGGAACAAUGUCUUUUAAUGUAUUUUAAAGUCAUCUUCAUGUUGCUUUAUGACACGUGUCAUGUAUUUACACUAUAUAAUAGUAUAAGUUAAGUUCUAUAUUUCAAUCUUCAGAAGAAGUGUAAAUUAAUUUGUUAUGAAAAAAUACUAUUACCUACCUUGUAUGAAGCAAGUGUCUUUUGUUUUCCUCCCAAAAGGGUUAUAUUAAUGUUUGACAUCACAACACAUCUUACAGCACAACCUUGAGCUCUGAUCCUACGUUUUAGAGUUUAUGAAAGCACAACUGGUUAACCACACACUAGGUUAAUAGUGCAAGAUGUUAUAAAUGUGCUCCUUACUGAUAAAUUGUAUGAUUUUGUCUCUUAAAACAUAAGUGUUCCACUUCUUCCAGCUGUGAGUAUAACAUCCAUGGCAUUUUACAUCUGAAAACCUCAUACAAAGGUCUCUAGCCAUGUAGUUUAUAAGUUUGUAAAUAAAAUAUGCAAUGGUGAA